UAGCGAUAACCGCGAAUACAACUCUUCCGACGCCAACGCUAUCUCAGCCGCUGUGACGCAGAAAAUUGUGUAAAAAUUAAUUAUUUGAUUAUUUGUAGAGGGUUUGCGGCGUCAAUAAGUGGUGGAAGAGUGGGCUACAACCGGUGUCCAAGCAGUUUAUGCCAAGAGCAGCCAGUAAACAAACGCUGCUGAUGCGCGACAUGGCGGACUUGGACGCUGUGCAUCUGGGCCUCGACGAGAACGAGGCGGACAUUGCCGAGGAGCUGCAGGACUUUGAAUUCAAUACCCGGAGUGAGGCCUCGGAGUCGAAUGGCGGAGACUCUAGUGACUCCGAGCCCAGCAUCAGUUCGGUGAGCACGGCCACCUCCUCGCUGGUGGGCAGUUCCAAGCGCAUGACCAAGAAGCCCACCAAGGAGGCACCCGCUCCAGCUGCCGAAACGAAAUCGAAGGCAUCUUCAAAGGUAUCAAAGGGCAAGAGGGAUCUCACACCGGAGGAAGUUAACGGCGGCAAGAAGAAGAAGCUGGCCAAAAAGGCAUCUUCCGAGUCAUCCGAGAAGGAUCAAGCGAAAACCUCGGCCGGAGAAGGUCGAGAGCCACCGGCGAAGAAAUCGCGCGGUAAGAAAAGUACUACGGAGUCAGUGGGACACAAGAGCGAUAUCAGCGAAGCUGAAGACGAGAAGCCUAUUGCUCCUUCUCUGGAAUCAGAUUCCGAGUCGUCUGACUCAGAUUCAGGCACGCAACACAAGCGAAAUGGCGGUAAUGCAGGAGUUGGACGGGGAAAGCCCAGUUCGAAGAGCUCCACGCCAGAGAAGGAUGCUGGUUCCCAGUCGCAGCCGCAAAAGGGCUACGACUACAUGACAAAGCUGAACUACCUAUUCCGCGACACGAGAUUCUUCCUCAUCAAGUCCAACAAUAGCGACAAUGUCCAGUUGUCCAAAAGCAAGAGCGUUUGGGCCACGCUGCCACAGAACGACGCCAAUCUUAAUCAGGCCUUCAAGGAGGCCAGAAAUGUGCUCCUCAUUUUCUCGGUCAACGAGAGUGGUAAAUUCGCCGGAUUCGCUCGCAUGGCAGCCCCUUCUCGGCGCGACAUUCCUCAAGUGGCCUGGGUGCUGCCCCCAAGCAUAUCCUCCAAAGCCCUAGGCGGCGUCAUCGAGUUGGACUGGAUAUGCCGCAAGGAGCUGUCCUUUAACGCCACUCUCCACCUGCACAACAGCUGGAACGAGGGCAAGCCGGUGAAGAUUGGCCGGGAUGGCCAGGAGAUUGAGCCCAAAAUCGGCGGCGAACUGUGCCGACUCUUUCCCGAAGACGAACAAAUCGAAUUGACUCCCAUACUCAAGAAAUCCAAGGAGACGGCCCGCGUUAUGCGAGAGAAGGGCAUCCACGUGAUCUAUAAGCCACCGCGGAGCCUCUCGUCGCGAGGUCAUGGAAGUGGAGGACCGCGCGGUGCGAACCACAACCAGUUGGGUCCGAUGCGUCACAAGAGGAGCUAUCACGGUGGACCGCCGCACCAUCGUCCGUAUCGCCACCAUCAUCAUCAUGGUGGUAUGGGCAUACCGCCAGGUGGUGGCUUCAAGCGUAGUGGCUCACCCUAUCGCCAGAUGGGUGCUGGUGGUGCUGGCGGAGCACCAGGUGGUCCCGGUGAGAUGACCAUGCCGUCCUGGGAGCGCUUUAUGUCCUCGGCCGCAGCUGCCGAGGCUUAUGUUGCGGACUACAUGCGAAACAUGCACGGCCAACUGCCCCCGCUGCCGUUUGUGCCGCCGUUUUCCCAGCUGCCGCUCGCUGGCGGCGGGGCGGGAGCAGCUGGAGCCCUGCCUCCAGGCGCUGCGGCUGCCCUAUACGAACAACUGCCUCCGCCGGUAAGGUACUACGACGGCCCGGGCCCGCCUCCACUGCCGGACUAUCCACCGCCACAGAGGCCACCACCGCCCGGUUUUGACAAAACUCCCAGUUACGAGGAGUUUGCCGCCUGGAAAAACGCCGGCCUACCCACGGUCCCGCCACCAGGUUUUCCCGUUUACGGUGGAGCUUCCAAUGGUGGCAGUAACGGGGCUGGUGGAGCAGCUGGCGGAGCCCAGGCGGCAGCCGCUGGCGUUGGCCUGGGGCCGGGUGUGGGCGGCAGUGGUGGCGGUUCGGGCAGUAUAGGUGGACCGGGUGGCUACCGGAAUCGAGAUGCCAAUAACGGAUCUUCGGGCGGUCGACGGCGGGAGUACGGCGGAAAUCGGAGUGGAUCUUCGCGGGAUUCGCGACCUUUUCGGGGCGAUCGCGGUGGCCAGCGAAGCUAUCGGGACAACAGGCGCUAGACGAGAUCGAUAGCUCGGCUAGUCGGCUAUGUAGAGUCGGUGGAAAGUGUAAUCCUAAAAUCCUCUCGCGUGUGAAAAUGCAAAAAAAUAUUGAAUGCGUAACGGUAUAAGCGAAAAGUUAAAUGAUAACGAUAAUAAUCGAUAUCGUCUACCAAUCGAUACAACUCUCUUUCAACCCCUACCACCCCCGUUUCUCUCUGUCCCCCUCGCUACCCCACCCACAUAUAAUAUAAUUUAAACAAACUUACGACAUAAGCAAAACAAAAAAAAUUUAAAUUUCAAUUAAAUAUUUUAAACUAAAUGAUAAAAAAAAAAGAAAAAAAAAAAAUACAAAACAAAUGAGAGAAAAUGUGAACUUUAUUUAAGAGAAAGAAAGAAAGAGAGAGAGAGAUAGAGAGAAAGACUAUAAGAGACGCCCAACAACAACAACAACUGUUACAACCAACAACAACACCAUGAACGAACUUAAGCAGUGCAACCAGUGAUGUGUGUUAAUGUGUGUGUCAACCGAUUUAAGUCCUUUUUGCCCCAACCGCCCCCCCAAGAAAGCCAGAAGAUCAAGCGGGGAAUAAACCCCAUUAAAAAAAAAAAUAAACAAAAAAAGACUGCCAAAGACAAGGAUCCUAUCCGACUUCGAUUCGUUUGGAUCUGCCCCAUAUGUAGUUUAAAAUUAAUGCAUUCAUAUUUAACGCUUGACUUGUCUUGCAGACAGAAGACCGUCCCAGUUAACAGACACACAUCUACCAACCGUAACCGUCUCGGUCCGGACAUUGUUCCGGCAUCCUUCUCGAACUGUAGUAUUCGAACUGUUUCGACUCCUUCAAAGGUCCAUAUAUCACCAUCGAUUCCAUUCAAAGACUGCCACUCUUUCGAACUCCCACGGAGUCCUCGACCAACAUCCGUAGUAAUGACAUUUCGGACAGACGUAGGGUAUUUGCUCUGUUUCUUUGCAGGAUUUGGGACGUUGGAUUUGAUACCACUUGGACUCCUAAAUAAGAGAACGAAGCGCUUAUAAGACUGAAGAUGAAUAAAAGUUAAAAUUAAUGAAACUUUA